UAGAGCAGUUAGCAUUAAGCUCUCUGCCGUCGAGUAGCACUGUUGAUGACCGUAACAGUACAUUAAACGCCUUUUCCGUCUGCGUAGAAUUCUUCAAAAUCGACAUGCCUUCCUACAAGUUGAUUUAUUUCCCCGUCACUGCAGUGGCCGAGCCAAUUCGAUUCUUGUUCAACUAUGCUGGCAUCGAAUUCGAGGAUGAACGUUUCGACAGGAAAGAUUGGCCAAAACUUAAACCGACUAUGCCAUUCGGCAAAGUACCCGUACUUAUAGUAGACGGGAAGAAGAUCGAUCAGUCCGUAGCUAUUGGCCGUUACUUUGCGAAGCAAUGCGGUCUUGCUGGCAAGAACGAUUGGGAGUCUCUGGAAAUCGAUUCGACCAUCGACACCAUACACGAUUUACGCCUCAAUAUUGCUGGUUUCUACUAUGAAAGUAACGAACAGGCUAAAGAGACGAAACGUAAAAUUGCCAAAGAAACAACGGUGCCAUAUUAUUUGGAGCGUUUGGACGCUCAAGUGAAGAAGAACGGCGGUUACUUCGUCGGUGGUGCUCUGUCGUGGGCCGAUUUCACUUUUGUCGCCCUUUUGGAGUAUCUGAACUUCAUGAUGAAUGAGGACAUCGUCGAGAAGUAUAAGAACUUGAAACAACUUCAGAAGAAGGUCGAAGAAGUACCGGCCAUCAAGAAAUGGAUCGCGAAGCGUCCAGCAUCUAUACUAGUAUACUGAUCAAAAAUAUUAUAUAUAUAUAUAUAUAUAUAUAUAUAUAAUAAUUUAUAUGUAAUAAAAUGCUGGUUAAGUUUCUGAUAGAAUCGGUUAUUUGUUGGUGUAAAUUUGAAUAAAAUAUUGAUUUGUUUUUUAAAGAUUGUGCUUCUAUCUACGUCAAGCUAUAUUAUAAUUUCAAGAACUACGCCUUGAAGGUACAAUUGUAUACUUUAUCAGCCGUUGUAGACUUGUUACUCGUAUAUUAUCAAAUGACAAAGAUAAAACUAUAUGUGAUUAAAACUUGAACUAUUGUACUUCAUUACGUACUUUUGUAUUUCAAUAAAUUUACAAUUAAUUAAUUAAUUAUA